GCGUCCGCUCUGCCGGCGAGCGGCAGAGGCAGCCCCGGCAGCCGCGCUUGCCCCGGCCCUGGCGCUGGGGCCGGGCCGCCGCAGCCCUCGCAGAUUAGAAACAAAAACAAUAGAUGAAAAUCACCCCCCUGGAUCUUAUCCUUGGCCUUUUGCAAGCAAACAGAAGAAGAGCUCUCAAGCUUUGCAUGUCAACUAGCCACUGGGCUGUUUGACAGCUUCUGAGUUUCAACCCCACUGGGAUUGAGGCAGCUCAGGAAACCAUGAGCGAUGACUCCUGUCAUCUGCUGACAGUGCUCUAAGCGCCAUGGCAGACAGUCCAUGAUCUGACAAGAGGAUCCAUUCUAGAGAGGCAGUGCUGGGACCAGUAAUUGGCUUCCUGGGAAACUACAGCUGGCAAAGAGGAUGUAAAAAGAGGCACGCACAUGCUGGGAUAUUGGUACAGUCUUGCCGAGCUGGUGGAUCUGCUUGGAGGAGGGUUUUGCCACUGAUCUGGUUUUUAUCCCAGUUUGGUAAUGUUUGCUUUGGGGAAAAUUUCUGCUGACUCACCCAGCCCCAGACACCUUUUGGCAAGCCUGGCUGACCAGUGAAGAGACCCAACGGCACCUUCCCACUGCUGCGGGUCCCCUCUGGUGGCCUUCGAUCCCAUCCUGCACCCAACACCAUCUGGCGGUGCACCUGUGACCCCCCACCCUGGGGAGUCCCCUGCAGUGACCCCCGCGCCCAGGGCGGGGGUGGGCGCAUCUGAACCUCCCGGGGCGGCUGGUGCCCAGCAAGAUUUUACCCUGUCUGCCGCCGGGGCCCCAGUGCUGCCCCCCGCCGGCCCUGCCGCCCCACUCGCUCGCCCCAGGCCGCGCAGGAUGGGGGCGGCGCUGGUGCGGCGUGGGGGCUACCUGCUGCUCUGGCUGGCCCUGCUGCUGGGCUGCUGGGCUGAGCUGGGCAGUGGGCUGGAGUUCCCAGGAGCAGAGGGCCAGUGGACCCGCUUCCCCAAGUGGAAUGCCUGCUGUGAGAGCGAGAUGAGCUUCAACAUGAAGACACGGAGCUCCAGCGGGCUGGUGCUCUACUUUGAUGAUGAGGGCUUCUGUGACUUCCUGGAGCUUAUCCUCACCCAGGGCGGGCGGCUGCAGCUCAGCUUCUCCAUCUUCUGUGCUGAGCCGGCCACCCUGCUUUCUGACACGGCUGUCAAUGACAACCUCUGGCACGCUGUUGUCAUCCGCCGCCACUUCAAGAACACGACGCUGAUCAUUGACCGGACCGAGGCCAAGUGGGUGGAGGUGAAGUCCAAGCGACGGGACAUGACUGUCUUCAGUGGCCUGUUCUUGGGGGGACUCCCGCCAGAGCUGCGGUCAGCAACGCUAAAGCUGACACUCUCCUCCGUAAAGGACCGGGAGCCCUUCAAGGGCUGGAUAACAGAUGUCUGGGUCAACUACACGCAGGCGUCGCCGGUGGAGAGCCAGGAGGUGCGGCUUGACGAUGAGCAGAGCCGCCUGUGUGCCAGGGAGGAUGUCUGCCUCAAUGGGGGCAUCUGCUCAGUGCUCAAUGACCAGGCUGUCUGUGACUGCUCCCAAACAGGCUUUCGGGGAAAGGACUGCAGUGAAGAAGACAACUAUGUAGAAGGUCUGGCGCACCUGAUGAUGGGCGACCAAGGUAAAAGUAAAGGAAAAGAAGAAUAUAUUGCAACGUUCAAGGGAUCAGAAUACUUCUGUUAUGAUUUAUCUCAGAAUCCAAUACAGAGUAGCAGUGAUGAAAUAACUCUAUCCUUUAAAACACUUCAGAGGAACGGACUGAUGCUUCACACAGGAAAAUCGGCUGAUUAUGUCAAUCUUGCACUGAAAAAUGGAGCUGUCUCCUUGGUCAUUAAUUUGGGCUCAGGGGCCUUUGAAGCGCUGGUGGAACCUGUGAAUGGGAAAUUUAAUGACAAUGCCUGGCAUGAUGUGAAAGUAACCAGGAAUCUGCGUCAGCACUCAGGCAUUGGACACGCUAUGGUAAACAAACUACAUUGUUCGGUGACAAUAUCAGUGGAUGGAAUUCUGACCACAACGGGAUACACACAAGAAGACUACACCAUGCUGGGCUCUGAUGACUUUUUCUAUGUUGGAGGCAGUCCUAGCACAGCAGACCUCCCAGGGUCACCAGUCAGUAACAACUUCAUGGGCUGUCUCAAAGAGGUUGUAUAUAAAAAUAAUGAUGUCAGGUUGGAGUUGUCUCGACUUGCCAAGCAAGGAGAUCCUAAAAUGAAGAUUCAUGGUGUUGUAGCAUUUAAAUGUGAGAAUGUUGCAACCUUAGAUCCAAUCACAUUUGAAACACCGGAGUCUUUCAUCUCUUUGCCAAAGUGGAAUGCCAAGAAAACAGGUUCAAUAUCAUUUGACUUUCGCACCACUGAGCCAAAUGGCCUGAUUCUUUUCAGCCAUGGAAAACCAAGGCACCAAAAAGAUGCCAAACACCCACAGAUGGUGAAGGUGGACUUUUUUGCCAUUGAGAUGCUUGAUGGCCACCUCUACCUGCUGUUAGACAUGGGGUCAGGUACUAUAAAAAUAAAAGCCUUGCAGAAGAAGGUGAAUGAUGGUGAAUGGUACCAUGUGGAUUUUCAACGGGAUGGGCGGUCAGGGACCAUAUCUGUGAACACAUUACGUACACCAUAUACUGCACCUGGGGAAAGUGAAAUCCUUGACCUGGAUGAUGACUUGUAUCUUGGAGGUUUACCAGAAAACAAAGCAGGCCUUGUCUUCCCAACAGAGGUGUGGACAGCGCUUCUCAAUUAUGGAUACGUCGGCUGCAUUAGAGAUUUAUUUAUUGAUGGUCAAAGCAAAGAUAUUCGACAGAUGGCUGAAAUUCAAAGCACAGCUGGAGUAAAACCCUCAUGCUCAAGAGAAACUGCAAAACCUUGCCUUAGCAACCCCUGUAAAAACAAUGGUGUGUGCAGGGAUGGGUGGAACAGAUUUGUUUGUGAUUGCUCUGGUACAGGGUACCUUGGCAGAUCGUGCGAAAGAGAGGCGACCAUUUUAAGCUAUGAUGGAAGUAUGUUUAUGAAAAUACAGCUCCCUGUUGUGAUGCAUACAGAGGCUGAAGAUGUUUCUUUACGGUUCAGGUCUCAGCGAGCUUAUGGCAUUUUAAUGGCAACUACUUCUAGGGAAUCUGCUGAUACCCUUCGUUUAGAGCUGGAUGCGGGACGAGUUAAACUAACGGUCAACCUAGACUGUAUCAGGAUUAACUGUAAUUCCAGCAAAGGUCCAGAAACCCUUUUUGCUGGCUAUAACCUCAAUGAUAAUGAGUGGCACACAGUGCGUGUGGUUCGGCGAGGAAAAAGUUUAAAGUUAAUCGUGGAUGACCAGCAGGCCAUGACAGGUCAAAUGGCUGGUGAUCACACACGACUGGAAUUCCACAACAUAGAAACAGGAAUAAUAACAGAACGGCGUUACCUGUCUUCUGUGCCUUCUAAUUUCAUUGGGCAUCUACAGAGUCUUACAUUUAAUGGCAUGGCAUACAUUGACUUAUGUAAAAAUGGAGACAUCGAUUAUUGUGAGCUAAAUGCAAGAUUUGGGUUCAGAAACAUCAUAGCAGACCCUGUAACCUUUAAAACAAAAGCAAGUUAUGUUGCACUGGCCACGCUACAAGCAUAUACAUCUAUGCACCUUUUUUUCCAGUUCAAAACAACCUCUCUGGAUGGAUUGAUACUUUAUAACAGUGGCGAUGGAAAUGAUUUCAUUGUGGUUGAAUUAGUAAAAGGGUAUUUACACUAUGUGUUUGACUUGGGAAAUGGUGCAAAUCUCAUCAAAGGAAGUUCUAAUAAACCUCUGAAUGACAACCAGUGGCAUAAUGUGAUGAUAUCAAGGGAUACCAACAAUCUCCACACUGUAAAGAUUGACACUAAAAUCACAACACAGAGCACAGCAGGAGCGAGAAAUUUAGAUCUUAAAAGUGAUUUGUAUAUUGGAGGAGUGGCCAAAGAAAUGUUUAAAUCCUUGCCAAAACUGGUGCAUGCGAAAGAGGGAUUUCAAGGCUGUCUUGCAUCAGUUGACUUGAAUGGACGACUCCCUGAUCUAAUCUCAGAUGCUCUCUUCUGCAAUGGGCAAAUAGAAAGAGGAUGUGAAGUUGCAUUGAUGAAAGCUGAUUUGCAAGGCCCCAGCACAACAUGCCAAGAGGAUUCGUGUGCAAACCAGGGAGUGUGCUUGCAGCAGUGGGAUGGAUUCAGUUGUGACUGUAGUAUGACCUCCUUUAGUGGACCAUUAUGCAAUGACCCGGGAACAACAUAUAUCUUUAGCAAAGGUGGUGGACAAAUCACUUACACAUGGCCUCCUAAUGAUCGGCCAAGCACUCGUGCGGACAGACUGGCAAUAGGGUUUAGUACUGUUCAAAAAGAAGCUGUGUUGGUACGAGUGGACAGUUCUACUGGGCUGGGAGAUUAUUUAGAGCUGCAUAUCCACCAAGGAAAAAUUGGAGUUAAAUUUAAUGUUGGAACUGAUGACAUCUCUAUUGAAGAAAUCAACGCAAUCAUUAAUGAUGGAAAAUAUCAUGUAGUACGUUUCACAAGAAGUGGUGGCAAUGCCACAUUACAGGUGGACAACUGGCCAGUUAUUGAACGUUACCCGGCAGGAAACAAUGAUAACGAGCGCCUGGCGAUUGCUAGACAGCGAAUUCCAUAUCGACUUGGUCGAGUAGUUGAUGAAUGGCUACUCGACAAAGGGCGUCAGCUCACGAUCUUCAAUAGCCAAGCAACUAUUAAAAUUGGAGGCAAAGAUCGUGGCCAUCCUUUCCAAGGCCAGCUCUCUGGUCUUUACUACAAUGGCUUGAAAGUUCUGAAUAUGGCAGCAGAAAAUGAUGCCAACAUCGUGAUAGAAGGAAAUGUGAGGCUUGUUGGUGAAGUGCCUUCCUCUAUGACAACUGAGUCCACAGCCACAGCGAUGCAGUCUGAGAUGUCCACGUCAGUCAUGGAAACAACCACCACUUUGGCCACAAGCACCGCUAGAAGAGGAAAGACCCCAACAAAAGAACCAAUUGGUCAGACCACAGAUGACAUCCUGGUGGCCUCCGCUGAAUGUCCUAGUGAUGAUGAGGACAUUGAUCCCUGUGAGCCGAGCUCAGGUGGGUUAGCAAAUCCUACCAGGGCAGGAGGAGGAAGGGAGUAUCCUGGCUCGUCUGAGGUGAUUCGUGAAUCCAGCAGCACAACAGGCAUGGUAGUUGGGAUCGUGGCAGCAGCAGCGCUGUGUAUCCUCAUCCUCCUCUAUGCUAUGUACAAGUACAGGAAUCGAGACGAAGGAUCGUACCACGUAGAUGAGAGUCGAAACUACAUCAGUAACUCAGCACAAUCCAAUGGGGCUGUGAUCAAGGAAAAACAGCCCAACAGCGCUAAAAGUUCCAACAAAAACAAGAAAAAUAAGGAUAAGGAGUACUAUGUCUGAUCUCAACACCUGAGAGAACACUUGUAUAGAAAUAGUCUUCAUUUUAUCUGAGACAUAAUACAAACUUAUUUAUUUUACUUUUUAUGAAGCACAUUCAAAAACAAACAAAAAAGACAGGGAAUGCAAUCAGAAAGGAAAGACUGUUUUUAAAAACAAGCAUUUCAUGCUCUUGUUUUUCACAAACAGGAGCUGAUAAAUUCCCUAACAUCCACAGUGUUUUCAUUUACUCUGCCUGUCUUUAUGUUGCUGGAACAUUUCUGAAAGACAAUGAUGGCACCACGCAUUCAUAAAGCAAGGAGUAUUACUACAACAUCAAGGCACAAUAUGAAACAAAACAAAUUUAAAACAAAACAAAACAAAACGUGGGGGGGGGGUGGGGGUGGUGAAGAAAGAAAGAAUAAAGAAGCUACCUAUGAUUCUGGAUUUAGCCAAAGUGCUAGCGCUUUCUUGAGAAUUAAGUUAGUCUUAUUGUCAGAGAAGACUGUCAUUAUAUAUGGUGACUCAACAAGCAAACAUAAAAGAGUUUGCCAUCUGGUGCAGUGAAGCAGUGAUUGGAAACUUGCAUUUGAAACAAAGUGCUGGCUUUUCUGAAGACUUAUGUAGAAAUACUUUCAAAAAGCCCCUUUCUGGUUGUGAGGAAAAUAGUACUGAGGCCUUAUUUUCAAAAACAAAAACAAAAAUCUGGAAUAUAAGGCACAUUUCCACAAAAUAAAAUUAAUAAAAAAAAUAAAAAACUUAAAAAGAGAAAAAAAAGAGAGAGAAUAAAAACAAACAAGAGGGCAUAGAUGCAAUCAUUGGGAAAUUUUCAUGCACGCUUAAUAUGUUAUUACAUAUGUUUAUAUAAAAACACAUCUAUAUGUGCUUUCUGGACUGUGAUAAGUGAUGUUUUAUAGCCUGUUGUAUAGAAAAUGCAAACUAUAUCUGCUCUUCAGCCAUUUUUGGUAAACUCAAUGUUAUAAGUGUUGCUAGGUAUAGAGAGUUUUAUGACAUCUGGAGCAACAGACAUACUUCAGUUUUUUUGCAGCCAUUAUAAAUUGUCCCAGACUUAUUCCCCUUUUUUAAUUUUUCUUUUUUUUUUUUAAUUUUUUUUAUUUACAGUGUAGUGGUUAUACUAAGGGGGGUGUGUAUGAAUGUAUAUAAGAGUCAGCUAAUUUUUUUCUUACCUGUACAGCCUCUGUUAUGUUGCAAUUAAGUUUUAGUAGUUUGUAUGAAAGAAGUGGACUAGAAAGCAAAAAUAUAUCUCUACUGUAAUUUGUCAUCUCCCUCCUAUCCCCAUCUCUUGCUCCUGAUAUGCAUCAAUGAAGUUGAUCAGAAUGGCCAAUUUUCCUAGAAAUAUACCUUUAUUAAUUAGAUAAAUAUUUAGUGACUUAAACUGGCCUUUGGCUUCCAGUCAGAGCUUCACUAUUGGAGAGCAUGGUUUGCCUUUCAGAAACCUUGUUCUUAGGAAAUUAUGAUAAUAAUUCUUAGGAAGUAUCAUAUAGUGUUUAUCUGGCAUUCAGUUAUACAAACAACGGCUACUACAGCUUGGGUGGUAAAAGAUCUAAAAAGACUUAUUUUCAUUAUCCAAGCUGAUUCUACUGCAGAAUUUACCCCUUUCUCCAAAAGAGAAGCAAUCUUGAGGUGCACGAUAGUAUUUUUCAAUGGUGGGCAUUUUGACAUAUGAAAAAGUAUUUUUAGCUAAGUUGAUUGUGUAGUGUUGCAAGACAUCAUAACCAGACGAAUAUAAGUUCAUCAUUUUUUAAAGUAACACAUAGCUUUUCUUACACAUAUAAAACAUUAAUGCAUUUUAUUUAAACAUAUUAAAUAUAAUGCUGGUAUUUACAUGUUAAUUUUUUUUUCUAGUAUUAUUUCAUUAGGUUCACAGCAAUAAAUCACAGUGUAACAUUUUCUUUACACAGAAGUUCAAAGGAAAUGUGUUAGACAGAAAGAGGGUAGUUCAAUAGAAAUCAACUAAAUCAUUGGAAGGCCUCCUGGGAGAGAUAUAGAUGUUCACACUUUACAGGCAGGGGGGAGGAAUUUAAAAUUAGCUUUAAACAGCAGGCACAAAACAUUUUUUUGUGUGUUAUUCACUGUAGCUGAUGAAAAAGGCUGGAAACUGGUACAGCUAUCUGUCUGGGAGUCAGAGCACUUUAAAAAUACAUGUAGCUGACAUGAAAACACCUCUCUUGAAGGUUGCCAACUACACUGAGGUGUAUCAUGUUGCAUUUGUGAAACAUUUGUUUUAUUUUCAUUAGCAUUUAGACAGAAAUGAGAACAGGUUCACAAAAUCCAUCCUAUGUUAAUUUUUUAAUUGUGGUUCACCUGUGGCACUCAAAAUUUCUCCCAACUUUACAAGACAGCUGUACUCAGGGAACAGCAGGGUUAGGUACACCGGAGGUCAUUGCUGGAAGCAAGAGACUUCAGCUGGAGAUGGGGAAGAAGAAGUUGAAAGCCAGGUGGUUUUCAGAUUUCAGUACUUGAAGAUACACAGAACAAGAAUAAUCUGAUGACAGGAGACCGGAUGUAACAGAAUAUGGUUUGGGCGAGCUGAAAUGGUCUUUUGGGCUUGGUAUUGAUCACAUUGAUGAAAUAGCAUGGUCAGGUCAACUUCCGGGCAGUUUGGUAGAUUAAUCUUUAAUUAAAUCCAUACAUCAAGGAAAAAAAAAUCUGCAACGACUAUAAUAAGCAAACAUGAUUUUAACACUGUUUCUGAAGGUUCUCCUCUUUCCUCUUUAAUUUCAUAAUUUAGCAAAAAACAAUAUGGAUGUAUCAGAAGUGCCAGCAAGUGGAUUUAAAAUUCCUUUUUGUUUAAAAUCAACAGCAACAACAAACAAACAGACAUAAACCAACUACCUAACAUAAAAUUGGAUCCUUUCUCUAUAAACCUAAUUUGUUUGACUGAGAUGGCUUCAUUUCUAUGACUGUAUUGUGUUGCCUUUUUUAACAAAACACUAAAUAAUGUGUGAAACUUUCAACCCUAGGACAUCGAAGAGAGGCCCAAUGCCCCUAACCUUAUAGUGCUUUCUGUGAUAGAUAUUUACAAUUUUUUUAUUUGUUGCAAGGCCAAUUUAUUCAUUAUUGGAAAUGCUAAGCAAGUGGAAUUUACUGUUUUGUUAAUAAAAAUGUUUCUUAAUACAAA